AUGGACAAGUUUCGGAUGAUCUUCCAGUUCUUGCAGUCCAACCAAGAGUCCUUCAUGAACGGCAUCUGUGGCAUCAUGGCACUGGCCAGUGCCCAGAUGUAUUCUGCCUUUGACUUCAACUGCCCCUGCUUGCCCGGCUACAAUGUGGUCUACAGCAUGGGCAUAUUGCUGACGCCUCCCCUGGUGCUCUUCCUGCUUGGCCUAGUCAUGAACAAUAACAUAUCCAUGCUAGCUGAAGAGUGGAAACGCCCCCCUGGUCGCCGGGCCAAGGACCCAGCUGUGCUACGCUACAUGUUCUGUUCCAUGGCCCAGCGAGCUCUGAUCGCCCCUGUCGUCUGGGUGGCUGUGACAUUGCUGGAUGGCAAGUGCUUUCUCUGUGCUUUCUGCACAGCGGUGCCGGUGGCCACACUAGGCAACGGCAGCCUGGUUCCUGGCCUGCCUGCUCCAGAACUUGCUCGCCUGCUGGCUCGUGUGCCCUGCCCUGAGAUCUAUGAUGGGAACUGGCUGCUGGCCCGAGAGGUGGCCGUGCGGUAUUUGCGCUGCAUCUCUCAGGCGCUGGGCUGGUCCUUCGUACUGCUGACCACAUUGCUGGCAUUUGUGGUACGCUCUGUGCGGCCCUGCUUCACGCAGGUUGCCUUUCUCAAGAGCAAGUACUGGUCCCACUACAUUGACAUUGAACGUAAGCUCUUCGACGAGACAUGCACAGAGCAUGCCAAAGCCUUUGCUAAGGUAUGUAUCCAGCAGUUCUUUGAAGCCAUGAACCAUGACCUGGAACUGGGUCAUACCCACGGAGUACUGGCCACAGCUUCAACCAAAGCCACAGCCACAGCCACAGAGGCUGCCCAAAGUCCCUCUGACAGGACAGAAGAAGAGAGGGAGAAGCUGCGUGGAAUCACUGACCAAGGCACCAUGAACAGGCUACUCACAAGCUGGCACAAGUGCAAACCACCACUGAGGCUGGGCCAGGAGGCACCACUGAUGAGCAACGGCUGGGCUGGGAGCGAGCCCCGGCCUCCACGCAAGGAAGUGGCCACCUACUUCAGCAAAGUGUGA